CGGAAGGUCAAGGCGGCGGGGACCCGGGUAGGGAGCCGAGGAGGGGCCGUGCCCAGCUCCCGGCCUGCUGACCCGCGUCUGCUUUCGCUUUCUGCCUCGCAGCCUUCGGGAUGGAGGUGAGAAGGGGGCCGUGACGCACGUCCGCGCGAACCCCUGCACCCCAGCGGCCCACGGCGCUCCCUGCCCCCCUCCCCGGGCGGCAGCCGGCCUCGCCAUCGAGUGAGAGCGGCCUGGGGGGGCAGGGGGGGCGAGGGCGGCCGGACCAGCGAUGCCGGCGGGCAUGACGAAGCAUGGCUCCCGCUCCACCAGCUCGCUGCCGCCCGAGCCCAUGGAGAUCGUCCGCAGCAAGGCGUGCUCAAGGCGCGUGCGCCUCAACGUUGGGGGCCUGGCGCACGAGGUGCUGUGGCGCACCCUGGACCGCCUGCCCCGCACGCGGCUGGGCAAGCUCCGCGACUGCAACACGCACGACUCCCUGCUGGAAGUGUGCGAUGACUACAGCCUCGACGACAAUGAGUACUUCUUCGACCGCCACCCGGGCGCCUUCACCUCCAUCCUCAACUUCUACCGCACGGGGCGGCUGCACAUGAUGGAGGAGAUGUGCGCGCUCAGCUUUAGCCAAGAGCUCGACUACUGGGGCAUCGACGAGAUCUACCUGGAGUCCUGCUGCCAGGCCCGUUACCACCAGAAGAAGGAGCAGAUGAACGAGGAGCUCAAGCGCGAGGCCGAGACGCUGCGGGAGCGCGAGGGUGAGGAGUUCGACAACACGUGCUGCGCGGAGAAGAGGAAGAAGCUCUGGGACCUGCUGGAGAAGCCCAAUUCCUCCGUGGCCGCCAAGAUCCUGGCCAUAAUUUCCAUUAUGUUCAUCGUCCUCUCCACCAUCGCCCUGUCACUCAAUACGUUGCCCGAGCUGCAGAGCCUUGAUGAGUUUGGCCAGAACACAGACAACCCUCAGCUGGCCCACGUGGAGGCCGUGUGCAUCGCGUGGUUCACCAUGGAGUACCUGCUGCGAUUCCUCUCCUCGCCCAAGAAAUGGAAGUUCUUCAAGGGCCCGCUCAACGCUAUUGACUUGCUGGCCAUCUUGCCGUACUACGUCACCAUCUUCCUCACCGAAUCCAACAAGAGCGUGCUGCAGUUCCAAAAUGUCCGUCGCGUGGUCCAGAUCUUCCGCAUCAUGCGCAUCCUGCGCAUCCUCAAGCUUGCACGCCACUCCACUGGUCUUCAGUCCUUGGGCUUCACUCUGCGCAGAAGCUACAAUGAGCUGGGCUUGCUCAUCCUUUUCCUUGCCAUGGGCAUCAUGAUCUUCUCUAGCCUUGUCUUUUUUGCAGAGAAGGAUGAGGAUGACACCAAGUUCAAAAGCAUCCCAGCCUCUUUCUGGUGGGCCACCAUCACCAUGACAACUGUUGGGUAUGGAGACAUCUACCCCAAAACUCUUCUGGGGAAAAUUGUUGGUGGUCUCUGCUGCAUUGCGGGAGUCCUGGUGAUUGCUCUUCCCAUCCCCAUCAUCGUCAAUAACUUCUCUGAGUUCUAUAAGGAGCAGAAGAGGCAGGAGAAAGCAAUUAAGCGAAGAGAAGCUCUAGAGAGAGCCAAGAGGAAUGGCAGCAUUGUCUCCAUGAACAUGAAGGAUGCUUUUGCCCGGAGCAUUGAGAUGAUGGACGUCGUGGUUGAAAAAAAUGGGGAGAAUAUGGGUAAGAAGGAUAAAGUACAAGAUAACCAUUUAUCUCCCAACAAAUGGAAAUGGACAAAGAGGACACUGUCUGAAACCAGCUCGAGUAAGUCCUUUGAAACCAAGGAGCAGGGAUCUCCUGAAAAGGCCAGAUCAUCUUCUAGUCCUCAGCACCUGAAUGUCCAGCAGUUGGAAGACAUGUACAAUAAAAUGGCCAAGACCCAGUCCCAGCCCAUCCUCACUACCAAGGAUUCAGCACCACAGAGCAAACCAAAGGAAGAACUUGAAAUGGAAAGCAUCCCCAGCCCCAUAGCCCCUCUGCCGACUCGUACAGAAGGGGUCAUUGACAUGCGAAGUAUGUCGAGCAUCGAUAGCUUCAUUAGCUGUGCCACAGACUUCCCCGAAGCCACCAAAUUUUCCCACAGCCCUUUGGCAUCACUCCCCAGCAAGACUGGGGGCAGCACUGCUCCAGAGGUGGGCUGGCGGGGGGCUCUGGGUGCCAGUGGUGGUAGGCUUGUGGAGGCCAACCCCACCCCUGAUGCCAGCCAUCACUCCAGUUUCUUCAUUGAGAGCCCAAAGAGCUCCAUGAAGACCAACAACCCUUUGAAGCUCCGAGCACUCAAAGUCAACUUCAUGGAGGGCGAUCCUAGUCCGCUCCUCCCCGUUCUGGGAAUGUAUCAUGACCCUCUUAGGAACAGAGGGAGCGCUGCAACUGCUGUCACUGGACUGGAGUGUGCCACGCUCUUGGACAAGCCUGUGCUGAGCCCAGAGUCCUCCAUCUACACCACAGCAAGUGCUAGGACACCGCCUCGCUCGCCCGAGAAACACACAGCAAUAGCAUUCAACUUCGAGGCGGGUGUCCACCAGUACAUCGAUGCUGACACGGACGACGAGGGCCAGCUGCUCUACAGUGUGGACUCCAGCCCUCCCAAGAGCAUCCGAGGGAGCACCAGCCCCAAGUACAGCCUUGGUACUAGAUCAGAGAAGAACCACUUCGAAAGCUCCCCCUUACCCACCUCCCCUAAGUACUUAAAGCAGAACUGUAUUUACUCCACCGAGGCAUUGACUGGAAAAGGCCCCAGUGGUCAGGAAAAGUGCAAACUCGAGAAUCACAUCUCUCCCGAUGUCCGCGUGUUGCCCGGGAGAGGAGCCCAUGGGAGCACUCGGGAUCAGAGCAUCUGAACUCCCCACCUCGAAGGGGAGACUUGUGGGCAAGGUCCAAGGAGGGUGGCUGUUCGGCUUACCUGCCACAGAGCUUUUCUUCAUGAACUCAGAAACAGAAAAGCUCUGCAAAACUCCCAGGGAGAAGAGAGACUCACGGAAGUCCCCUAAGACCUGGAGAGCCAUGACAGGUCCAUCAGCAUGAAAUUGGCCAAGCCACGGGGACAGUGCCUCCUUGUUAUAAUUCUACUGCCCUCUUUGGGAGAUGACACGAGCAGAGCUCACAGCCACCACUACCACCAUUCUAGACCUAACUGAAGCCACCUACCCCCCAUCCUUCUCUGGUGGCUCUCUGUCACGGCCUCUGAGGGCAGCCUUUCCAUCCCCCCUGGCUUCAGCUGGAGAAGGAUGCUGGAACAAGUGGCUGGUGUUGAAAGAGUACAUUGACCACGUUGGUAUUGUCACCUAGGAAAAUCUGUCCAUCACCUCCUGGAUCCCACUGUUGGAAGGCCCCAGGGAACAUUUGUGUCUUGGGGAAAUCGCGCCAUAAGCCACGAUCCCAGAGCAAAACCCUUACCCAAAUGACUUCAUUAACUUCAGUAUUCCAUAGUACCUGAGAUUUUAUUUUCAGAUACCAUCAGGGUGAGUUGCACCAUUUGUACUCAAUUCUAAUUGCCCCCUGGCAAUCUGGGAAGGGUUCAGAAGGCAGGCAUGCUGCCAGCGAGAUGAACUCUGCAUUGCUUUAGGGUUAUAGAAAGAAAAUGAUUUUUGUACUCCACUAGUGUAGACUCAAAAGAUAUCCAAGUGUCAAAUAUGCAAAAGAAAUAGCUUAUUCAAAGAGACUCUGUGUUACUGAAGAACAGCAUAAAAAUCUGAUUUCCUUUUUUACCUGCAAAAAUGAAAGGAAAAAAAAACCCCACCCCUCCUUAAAUGCCCCAUCCAGACUUUUGAAUACUUCCUGCUGCGGCAGGGAAAGCACCUACUAUACUAGAAAUUCUUUUUUGUUUCCUGUGGCAUUCAAGCUAAAAGAAAUUUAAUAAAAAGCACUUUAUGUUUUUCAAAUAUAGGUUCUACCAGGGACAGUGUCACCAUCUUGCACUUUAAAACAAGCACUAUUUCCUGUGGGCCACCUCUUGGCGCUGUAGUUGGGUUGUUGCUACAGGCCCAUUUCCAGCCACGGUGGGCGUCAUCCAAGUCGUUGGCUCCUUCCCUGCCCCUCUGGAGCUUCCCCUCACCCUCAUGGGCCAGGAGGGGGUUUUGGCCCUUGGUUAGGGCCUCUCCUAAAGUCACCUGCACAGGAGACAUGCACAUCUCAGAAGGUCCCAGCGACGGUUGGGCAUUGGGUAUUUGUUCUUUCUUGUCAACCAGCCAUUGGUGUGUUUUCAGUGUUAGUCUGACCUACAAGCUCAGCUCUCCUUCCUGCAGCCAUCAAUGCAGACAGUACAGACAAAAGCAAUAAGUAUUUGUGCGCAUCCUGAGCAGUUCUGGUGUAUUUCUUGGUGUUGGUCUUCCUGUUCUAGUUUGAUGACCUGCUAUCAUCCCGCCUGCUUUUACUCCAACAGCAUGGUAUUGGUGGCCAUUCCUCCUAUGGUGACAUUGGGUUGAGCCACUGGUUAAUACAAUGUUAUUGUAUCCGUUCAGGUGUCAGUAAAGAUAACUUAUUUUUUUGGUCUGCCUGUCUAUAGUACAAUGGAGCACUGUUGUUCUUUUGGUAUACUGUUGAUGGAUGAUGUCCCAAGUAUAAUAGUGUAGUUCUGCCUGGCUUCAAUACAGUGACAGGCAUCUGUCUUCCUGGUGGAACAAAGAUAUUGUGCUGGGUCGCUUAUCCUUCGUGUAAUCAUUGCUGGCCUGGCCAUUAGUACAAUGGCCCGAUCCACCUGUCCAUACACAAAUGUCACAUUGUUGUGGCAUUACCCUUAAAAAUGUGCACUCUCUGCUACAUAUGGACCCAGUUUAUGGCACUUCUCAGCCUCUCCAGGGAUUGUGGAUCCUCUCAAAAGGGUGCGGUACUGUUAUUUGCCGUGUAAAAAAAGAAAAUGCAAACCUGACUCUUCCUAGGUGUCUUCAGAGUACUUGCAAGGAGACACAAAGGGACUGAGGGGCAGGGGCAGUGAGUGUGGCACAGGGUAGCACCCCAGAGAGGAAGCACAGCGCUUCCAAUCCCCUUCGCUGGGUGCGCAGUCGGGCUGGGCCUCCGGGGAAUGACUGAGACAGUCCUCCGCUGGCCAUCUUCUGUGUCUCUUUGUUUUCAUUACCAUUUCUGUCCAUCAGCACAAAUGUGAAAAUUCAGGGAAAACAAAUGCUUUUUGAUAAAAGUAAAUAGUUGUGAUUUCCGAUUCAGAUAUUUUUAGAGCUGAUGCUAUCUGUAAAAAAUUAAUAAUAAUAAUAAUAUAGUCUAUUUUACAUAUCAGGAAAGUGAACAUGUUUAAAUAUAGCCAUAUAUAGUGAGAAGGAACUUACCACCCCUUCUUCAAAUCAAGGCAUUUCGUUGUUAGUCAAAGCAGAUGAGAAGUAUACAGAUUGGAAAUGAUUUCUUCUUUCUUUCUUUCUAUCUUUUUUUAAAAACCAAUUGGUGCAACUCUCCUGGUAACCAAAGGCCUUUUAUGCCUUGUGUCAUUUAGGACCCAGCCCUUCCUUCCUUGUGUGUUUUGUCUGACCUUGAAGUAGCAUUUUAUUGAGUCACUUUUGAAGGAUGAAUUCAGAAGUAUCAUUAAGAACCUACCUUUUCAGGCUUAAUAGCCAGAGUCCUAUAGAGUUCUUAUAGAAACAGAAUCAUUGAAAAUCAGCAUAUACUAUGCUUAGAAAGUAUUCCGUUUGGGUUUGGUUUUUUCUUUUUUUUUCUUUUACUUUUAUGUGUACGUAUUGCAGGAAUACAGCUUUUUGCCCUGCACUCAACUCAAAAUAGCAUAUUGUACAUUUUCCCAGCAGCCCCCAUACCCACCAAAAAGGAACAUACCCAGAUUUGUAAUGUGCAUAGCCCAACCUGUACCUAGUACAGGUCUGUAAUGCACUGGGAAAUCUACCUAAGGUCUCCACUGAGAAGCUGAACUUCAUAGCCGAUCUUGGUAGAGAAGAAGAAAGCUGUGGUUUGGAGGCAAAGACUGCUUUAGCUCCAUCAUUUCCAUACGUUGCCGGACCGGCCAGAGCAAAAAGAAACAGGUCGAUCCACGUAAACAAAAUGAGGGGUUGGGGUGGGUGGAUGCCUGGUCCCUUUGGCAAAUUCACUGAGACUCAUCAAGAACUUGAGUUCCAACUUCCACCGCUUUCAGAAAAGGCUAGGGACCAGAUGGCUACGUGUCUCGAUCACACGGGAGCAUCUGGCCAGCGGGACGAGAAGUGGCCACCGUGCGGAGGAGCUGGUUCAUUCACCAUCUUAUCUUUGGCUAAAAGAAAACAACUGGUCUUCAGUGCAGUAGAUUUCUCGGUGCCUUCUUUAGGAAUUCUAUCUUAAGCACACUUUAAGGGCAAGAAAAAAGGAGAGAACAUUUGUUCCUGUGAGGCUCCUUUCUCUAAAAAGAUCAGGAAUCAAGAAGAAGAAGAGAAAACAACAAAAUCCUAGGUGGCUGUUUCCUUUCCACCCACUCAGUUUGCCCGGAUAAUUGCUGAGGAUACAAACUUUUCAAACUGAUUCCUGAACCUCUCUACAAGUCUUGGUAAUUGUAGCCUCAUCUCUGCCCUUUAUCCAAAUUAAGACCGUGUUUCUAAGGGGGGAAAAAACAGUAUUCUCUUCUGUUAAACUGUAAUGUGUUGUUGAUAUUUGUAACUAUUGUAUAUUUCUGUCUUGCUCCAGUCAUGGCUGGAAUAUCUAGUCCAUGAGCAAAAGGAUAUUGAAAUUCACCAUGGACAAGGGUCACUAAAGCCAGGUGUCUCCUCUCUCUCUCUCUCUCUCUCUCUCUUUUCUUUAUUUCUCUGCCAACUUGUCUCAGAUAAGAUAAUCCCAGGCAUUUCAGCAUCAAGUAAAUUCGAAUCAAAGAAGGACACAAUAAAAAGCCUCCAGGACAUGGGCCUUUGGGGACAUUUUUUUCUGUAGCCUCAAAGUUGGCAGGAGAAGACAGGACGAUGGAAAGCUUCCAGCCCCGAGAGGGCUUUUCCUCGCCUACUGCUAUUUCUGUGACAGCACCCAAAUGCUUUCAUGUCACCCAACCAAGGCCACCCAAACCAGCCCUGGCUGCACACAGAAAUAAGUGUUACCUCUGCAUUUUUUGUUGUCAUUUUCCUGGCUCUAAAAGUAUCUGAUGUGUGGCUACAUCCUAGAAUGUGCACAUAUCUCAGAGUAGUCUAUUUUUCUGUUCAGGUAAAAAAAAAUAUAUAUAUAUAUAUAUGUAUUUUUAGCAAAUUUGUAAUAGGGCAAUUGAGUCUAAUUUCUUCUUUUAUGAUACAGAGUAAUAUCUUAAGAGUUUUAUUGUUGGUCAGUAUCGUAGCUGAUAUUUUCUGGUCUUUUUCAUUUCUUCCUGUGUCCUUUGGCUGUUUUUUCAUUUCUUCCUUUGAAAUCUGAUUCUCGGGAGGUAGGGUGGACUUUGGGGCUUGACUUCUGAUGUAGGGAUUCCCUGGCACUAGGAAAUGUCUGCUCUUUCCUCAUCUGGUCUAUAUUCCUCUUCCCCAUAGUUCCUUUUUUUUGUACCAGGGAUCGAACUCGGGUCCUCGCGCUUCUGGGGCAAGCGGUGGAACCACUGAGCUAAAUCCCCAGCCCUUCCUCAUUGUUCUUAAGAGUCUAGGGCACAAGCACAGGAGUGAGACAGGAAAGCUGGCUAGAACUGGCCUCAGAAUCAGGAUGGCACACAGGCUGCUUGAGCUCCUGCCCCACACCUUCCAGAGAUCUGAAGGGACUGAGUUUUCUCAUCCCCCAGACCCCUUCCAAGUCCUCACUGGCCCAAAUGUUCUCACAUCCCCUGCCCUACGCUCCUCUCCCACCAGUUGGACCUGAAGGCCAGAGCAUGUUCAGGUUCUUGCAUACCUCAGAAGAACAUGCUGGACCUCAGAUCUCAACUUUUUUCAGUUCCUCAUUUCAGUCCAUUUCUAACCACCUCACUGAAAGAGUGGCCAGACACCCCAUAGCCUACACAGAAGGGAUGCUCCCAGAAUCGGCUGUCUCAUCCCCCUUCCCUUUCCAGCUGCUGGCUCCAUGAGAGUCCUUGCAAAGAUCGUGGUACUUUUCCAGUUUCCACCUCUCCAAGGCUUGGAGAGUUCUUGGAUCAUCCUGAUAAUUAAUUCCUUGUCAGAUAGGCAGACGACAUCUCACUGAGCAGGAUCUUUAAGGGAAAGUGAUCUCCAUCCAUCCACUCUUGCAGGAUGAUAAAGAAGGGCCAGGGAAUCUCCAGUCUGCAUUCAUCCCGGCUUUGAUCUACCACUUGCCUCCCUAUCAGCCGUGGGGCUCUGGGCUCUGCCCAGUAGCAGAGAUUUGACCCAAACCAGGACCCCCAGAAAGCAGUGAACCAUCCUCACCAGCUCAAUCCCAAGAGGAAGCCAACCCAAGUUCAUUGUUAUUAUUCUGGACCAUGACCCUAAGCAGUUUCCCACCCCCAAAAGUCCUGCUGAUCUGAUUCAAACCAGAGACAAAUAGAACAGACAAGAUUAAAAACAAAAACAAAAAACUUUUGCAUAAGAAGAACAAAACCAAAAAAUUACCUCCCAAUAGUUUCCCAGGUUCAGUGCCCAGAUAAGCAAACACGCCUGCCUGUGGUUGUCCUCAUUACGAAAAAGGUUGGUUGUAUAGCCUGGGUUUCCAUCCACAGUCCCUGAUGCUAUCUUAACCUGGGUUUUCUGCUGAACUUUCCAAGAAACUGAGCUCCUGAAGAAUCCAUUUUGGAAGGGGCUAUUAUUAGAGCAAACUCAUCUAGCUCUUCACUUCUAACCCUAACUUUAUUUUUCCCAGCAAGGGUGCUGAAAAGAUCCCCUAAAGCCUGGCCAGGAUGGGGUAGAGUAGAGCAGUUGAGCUGAAGAAGAAGCCCCCCAUCUUCCAGAUGGCUGCACCCACGCAGGUCCCUGUCAUUUUCUCUUGCAUGAGAGGGACAGGGAAGUCAAUUUCAGCUCAAAUUAAGGAAGUCCGUCUAACAGGUUGGGGUGUCUACCCAUGAAGCCCAUUGCAUGGCGGGUAAUGAGCUUUCAUCCCUUCCCCACAAGUAUUUAAAGGGAGCCUGCUUCGUGUACAAAGUGGUAUUGCAAAGUAUUCUUAGCCUUGCAUGGAAACUGGACUGAAAAAUGAGGGAAAUUCUCUCUGCUUCCUGGUUGUGUGUGUGUGUGUGUGUGUGUGUGUGUGUGUGUUGUACAUUCUGGGCACAGCCUUAAGGCAAGGAUGGAGCAUAGUUAGCAGGAGCUCAGGUUCUAGGACUUGGAGCCCUCACGGGGGAUGCCAAAGCAGGAAGGUAGCAGGGCACCCUGGUUCCAUCCCACUCCCUGCCUCGCACUCUGUCAACACCCUGCCAGCCCAACCCCAGGGACCUAAUAGGGACCACACUGGGAUGGGACACAUGCGACCCUUCCCCCGGCCAGCCAAGGAGCAAUCCACAAAGUCCCCAUCUCUGGCCAACUGCCUCAUGGUGCUUCAGCCCUUCUGCCCAGAUCCUGUGCCCUCAAAGAGAUGAUGCAGUGGUCUUUUAGCACUAGCAGCCAGCCACUGCCCAGGCAAUCACAAAUGGCACCUUCCAAAGGGCUUCCUUACCACUACCCUAAAUAAAACAGGAUAUCCCAUGCAAGACCUUCAGAAAUCUCCAUCCAUGAUAUGAUUUAAAAAGGCAAAAAGACAGGCAGCCAUAAUCAGCCUUACAACAAAACAAAGCUUGGGCUGUCUGUAAGAAGAGUGCCUGUACCCCCAACCCCAUAUCCCUUCCCUCCAGGCCUGGCUCCUGCUUAAUCUGCCCAGAGCCUUUGGCCUGGGGCCUCAGUUGCCUACAGUAGCUUUGGAGGAGGUGGGACUUCAACACCAGGUUGAGCCCGGGUCCAGGUGGUCUUAGGUUUAUAUAAGGUGAGACGGGCCAAUGCGUUUGGAUGGGCAGAAUGAGCAUCUGCCUUCCUCCAAAACCAAACCAAACAAAACCCAGUUUCUAAGGUCUCAUGUCAUGGAGGCUGUGCCCUGCAGAAAUUGCUCAAGAUGUAAGACUACUGUAUCAGGACAAUUUGUGAAGAUGUAGGAAACUCCCAAUUCCGUCCCAUUUGCAUGCACUCCAGCCGCCUAGGGAUCGCCUGUCACUUCCUGCCCCCUGAGCUAAGCGGGGCUGGGAUGAGUGGGCCAAAGGUUUGAAUCCGUCCUCUGCAUAGCCCUGUCUGGGGCUUGGGGCUCAACAGCCACGAGCUGGGUGUGGCAGUAAGUGAGCUGGAAACUGGCUUCUUUCUCUCCAGGUUUACCUUGACGUCAGUCUAAGGUUGAGGGCUGGGAGCCCCACUUUUUCUAUCAGGAACUCAGGAUUUCCUGCCAACAUGUCCACUUGGCACACAGUGGUCAUCCCACCUGUGUUGUGUUGCGUUUCGUGAGUGGAUGUGGGAACGAUUGAUGGAUGAGUGUGUGGGGAAGAGGGGAGUUAGUUGAGUUCUUUUCUGGCUGUUUGUGUUGCUAAUUGGGGAGAAAGGAAAAAUGGGAGCCCCCCCCCGCCACUGAAGACCAUAGAUGAUGCCCCACCAAUGGCAUCUGUUCUUGGACACGAUCUGGCACCAUAGCGACGUCCAAAUUUGACCUUUGUAGGCCCCAGCCAGAAAAGGGUUACAGCCCUCUCUCCAAGCCUCACCUCCAGGGGGCUGCAGGGGCAGCCAGCCCUGUCCCUCCUUUCCUGCCUGGCAGUUAGCUCAUGCAGCCCAUGGGAGAUCACAGAGUGGAUUUCUAGUGGGCUGAGCCAAGGGUCAAGAGUAGGGGUUUCCCUUGGUCUGGGAUUUGCUGGUGCAGGAAUGGGCACAAACAUCUAGAACUGGAGCACAUUCCCUGAGCCUCGGAGUCCAGCUGCAUGAGAGGGCUUGCCUGUCCUCCUGCUGUUAGAGCCAAUGCUCUCCUUUUAUCUGAGCCCUGAAGCCCUCCAUGACAGCAUAUGCCCCAAUGCCAUCAGCUAAUAUCCUCUGUCCCUCCCAGGAACCUGCAGUGUGAGGUUGGGGCUUUUCUGCCAGCAAAGCCAUUCUGAUCACCCCACCCAUGAUGGGGACCAAGCCAAUUACAUUAGCCAUAAACAACCAAUGUCCUCAACCACUCUUCUCGGGUUGCGUUUGUGGGUCCUGUUCAUUUUUCAGCAGUUGACUUCUCUAGUCCUUCCUGUAAUGGUGAAAAUAAGCAUUGAGCAUGCUCAUGCUCACACACACACACACACAUGGAAACGAAACAACAAAAAUCCCGGCGUCUUUUUAUGCAUGUAGUGAGAUGAAAUUGUGAUCCUUGUGUGACCUCCAGCUCCGUCCUGUCUUGUAAAAUAUGUCCAAAUGUUUAAGAAUUUGCAAGAAAAUGGUCCCUUAAUGAAGUCUGCAGAGUUCAAUAAAAGGUAUGGAGAAAACAAG